UGUCAUGCAUGGACGUGCGUCGCGACGAGAAUUUCCGAAUUCUGACUCCUACUGCUGCUGAUGCUGCUUAGAAACAUAACAAAAAGAAUCAAACGGUUUGUGCUCUGUGACGUGAAAGUAAAAGAUUGAAUCAGAUUUGAUACAAAAAGAUAGAAAAAAAGUUGUAUUGUAUUGAGUGCGAUUGAUUAACAAGGAUUUCGACUUUGUACAAUAACGAGAAUAGUGAGAAGGAUUUACACAGAAAAUCAACUCUGUUUGUUUGAUUUUUCUUAUCAUACGUUAACUUGAGUAAAUAAAAAACGUUGGAACAAUGGAUACAGAAGGUCAAGUGCAACAGUACGGAGAAGUGAAUCAACUGGGUGGUGUGUUCGUAAACGGAAGACCUCUUCCGAACGCCGUGCGCCUUCGGAUAGUUGAACUGUCACAGGUUGGGAUUAGACCCUGUGACAUCUCCAGACAACUACGCGUCUCCCAUGGUUGCGUGUCAAAGAUACUAGCUAGAUAUCACGAAACAGGAUCGAUCCUACCAGGAGCAAUCGGCGGAUCGAAGCCGCGAGUGACAACACCGAAGGUGGUUUCGUACAUCAAGGAACUGAAGCAGAAGGACCCGGGCAUCUUCGCCUGGGAGAUCCGGGACAGACUGUUAAGCGACGGAGUCUGCGACAAGUACAACGUGCCAUCCGUAAGCUCGAUCAGUCGGAUCCUGAGGAACAAGAUCGGAUCUCUGGUGCAUCCUCCGCCGCAUUCGCACAGCCUCUACAACUCCAUCUAUCCGAGCUACCCGUACCCCCAGCAGAAGAUGCAAUCUCCACCCACGCAGAGGACACCUCCGGCCCACUGCUGGCCCAGCUCGCAUUCCGUCAACGACAUCCUGGCGGUGCACGCGGCCGCCGCCGCCUUCCGACCCCACAACGGGACGACGCUGCCCCCAGGUUCCAGUCCACCCAUGUCCAACGACCACUCCGCCCAGAACUACAACUACUACAUGUACUUGCAACCGGGCAACACCGCAAUGCACAUGGUCAAUGGCGGCAUGCCACAUCACACACUCACUCCAGGAUCGCACAUAUAAAAUUUCCAACAAAAAAAUAACAAGUGCAGUGAAAAACUUCAAUUCCAAAAUUCCUAACUUUGCAAAUCCCGAAGUGGCGCUACAAUCAUAAAAAUAUAAUAAAUAAUACAAAACGUAACAGAAAAAUAAAGUUUUAAUAGUGCAUUCAAAUCACCAUGGUUACAGAAACAAACUUUCAAAAUUCUGCGCCAACCGACUCCAAAGCAAACUAUAUAAUUUAAGAAAAAGUUUGUAGUAAGAAUGUGUCACAACCGUACUAGCGAAUCGACACUAUAUAAUAUAUAAAUAAAUUUUAUUUUUCCAUACGUUUAUAAAUAUGUCUAUUACACCUAAGGAAGGUUGCAAUGUAUAUAAGAUAAAACAGUUUUGUUCCCUUCCGAUUAUUUAUUAAAAUAUAUAUACAAAUUUUAUCCUUACAUUUAUCGAAUCUCAUUGUAAAUACUGUUUUGUUUAUUUGUUGUGUCUUUUGUUUCUGAUUAGUGGAUUAUACAGUAGUUGCUUCAAAAGCUUUAAAUUUUAAUUGGGAAAUCUAACAAAACAUUCAAUAUAACUGAAUUCAUUCUAGAUACAUCAAGUUUUCUUUUUUCAAAUGUAUUACCUAGCCCAGUCUUAUUAUUGUACAAUUAGCAUUUCG